CUUGGAACCUAAGAAUCUUAUAUAUUGAACCAAAAUGCACAUACAUACACACUUCAAAAAAACAAAAAAACCUUACUUGUUCUACAUUAGCUUAAUUAGCAAUAUCAAAUUAAAUAUGGCUUUUGUAUCAGCCUCCGCCUGUUUCUUAAUCAUUUACAUGGUCCUUAGUGAAAUUUUCUGUGUGUCAUUUUCACAUGCAAUAAAUACCUGUCCAUCAGGCUACCCAGAGAAGGGAGUGGCAGUGGACAAAGAAGAUAUAGACAAGAUGCAAUUUCCAGUGAACUUGGAGUUCUUGGAAGCUGAAUAUUUCUUAUGGGCUACUUAUGGACAUGGUCUUGAUGUAGUAGCACCAAAAUUAGCUAUGGGUGGGCCUCCUCCUAUUGGUGCCCGAAAAGCAAAUCUUGAUCCACUUACGAAGAAUAUUAUUACGGAGUUUGCUAAUCAAGAAGUUGGUCAUCUAAGGGCACUUAACUCGACAGUAGGUGUUUUUCCAAGACCGUUAUUGGAUCUUAGUGCUAAAAAUUUUGAAAAGCUAUUUGACGAAGCAUUUGGACACAAAUUGAUACCUCCAUUUGAUCCGUACAGAGACAGCUUGAGUUACAUGUUAUCCUGCUAUGUAAUACCAUAUGUUGGAUUAGUUGGUUAUGUUGGUACCAAUCCCAAUAUCAACGGCUAUGAGACCAAAAGGGUAAAAACACAAUUUGUUUUCCCUUACAAACACACAGUAGCUCAUUUCACAUCUCGUAUAUCAAAACUAAGAAACAAAUUAGCAAAGUGUGGAAACAAAGAUGAAGGCAUAUUCGUUCCACCACAACUCGGAGCAGAAAAUCGGACAAUAAGUAACGUAUUAUCAGCUGAUUUUAAUUCUCUUUCUUACAAAAGAACACCUUCUGAGAUUCUGAGGAUCGUCUACAACUCUGGGAAUGAACACCUGCCCGGUGGAUUUUAUCCUAAUGGUGCUAAUGGAAAGAUUGCUAGGGAAUUUCUGAAGCAGCCACAUUAAAAAUUAUUAACAGAUGGAGAGGGUACUUUGGUAUUAAA